GGCGUGUGACGUCAACGAAUGCUGGAGCGGUUCCUUGGCUCGAGCGAGAAAUGGGGAGAAAAUUGCGAGGGCCAAAGGUCAUGGUGAGGCAGAAGUAACGGUGACGAGGAACAAAUCAACAACCUAAGAAGAUUCUGAAUCUGCGGGUUUUUGUGUSUGUCAGACUUCCAGUAUGUGUGAUGGCGUGAAUGGCCUUUGGUCUAAUUCUCGCCUCCCUCAGACAUCCUUCUCGCCCUCAUUUAACUCUCACCACCACCAUUUCUGUACCAUGAGAGGAUCCGCCCAGUACUCGYUGAGUAGUAAGCCCGCGGCGUGUCGGCGCCGCUGUGGCGCGUGAGGGCCSCCCGCUGGCCUUUCGCGGAAUGGCUUCUUUGGACCUGCCCUACCGCUGUCCUCGUUGCGGGGAGCACAAGCGCUUCCGGUCGCUGUCCUCCCUCCGCGCCCACCUGGAGUACAGCCAUACCUACGAGACGCUCUACGUGCUCUCCAAGUCCAACAGCGUGUGUGACGCCGCUACACUACUCCCCCUGGUGGCCGACGGAGACCUUCUCCUCGCUCCUUCUGUCCCCGGCGGCAACCGCAGCAACAACAACGACCCCUUCGACGGYCUUCAACUCCGSUCUUCCGCCUUCAGGGACUUCAAGGAGCGRCGCUUCCCGUGCCGCGAGCUUCCRUGUCCGGACGACRUCGGCGGUUUGUCCACAACGUCCAACGCCGCGGCUCYCUACAUCCCCAAUGUAGAGUUCCCCCUGGGGGAGAUCUUUGUGAAGAAAGCCAUGAGUGCAGCCGGUGACCAUCACGGUUCCCACAGCAACCAAAGCACGGCCGUGGCGGUGGCGGCGAAUGUGGCGGCGAGCGCGGUGGAGGCGGCCUAUGAGGAGGGUCUGGCCAGGCUGAAGGCAAGGGCCUUUGAGCGUCUGGAGCUGGACGAGAGGCUGGAGAAACUCUCAGAGGAGGUGGAGCAGAAGAUAGCUGCACGCGUGGGCCGGCUGCAGACGGAGCUGGAGAGGAAGAGCGGCGAGCUGGAGCGGGCCAAGCAUGAGAGCGAGCGGCUGGGCCAGGAGAAACAGGACCUGGAGGACAAGGCGUCGGAGCUCUCCCGCCAGGUGGACGUUUCGGUGGAGAUGCUGGCCAACCUCAAGGAGGUAACCCAGAUAGACCAGUUCCUCCAGGAGACGGCGGUGCGGGAGGCCAACGCCAAGGUGCGCCUGCAGCAGUUCAUCGAGGAGCUCCUGGACCGUGCCGACCGUGCCGAGAAACAGCUGCAGAUCAUCAGCAGCUGCGGGACCACMCCCAACGGCAGCAUGGGACGCUGCAGCCUGCCCGGCUCCAACAAGGCCUCCAACAAUGGACGCCAGAGGAACUCCAGCAUCUCGGGGACGUCUAGGGGCAUGUACCAAGUGUCUGACCGACGAUCCUCUCCCAGCACCGGAGUGUCGGGCCGGGUCAAGUCCUGCUCCCAGGGCUCAGGCGGGGGCUACGACAGCGGCGACAGCGUGGAGAUGCACGCCAUGGAAGAGUGCCCCGAGGGCCAGUACUACCACGUCCAGUGUCGGCUGGGGGAAGGGGGCGGACAGGGAGGGGGCGGACAGUGCUACGAGAGGGCCGGGGUGUCCCGGAGCUGGGGGCUCCGCAAGCAGGCCAUCCAGAACUGGCAGAGGCGACCCUACCGGAACAGCACGGAGGGGGAGGAGGGUGACGUGUCGGACGUGGGCUCCAGGACUACCGAGUCGGAGGCGGAGAUGUGGGAGCAGCAGGAGAGGAGGGCCACCAUGGCUGAGACGCAGCAGUCUGGGGCACCGAGACAAUCUGGGUACCGCCUAGCCACAGGCCGGUCCGAGGGGGGCUACCGUCACAACAAGCCGUGUCGCCACGACAAGAGCCCGUCCCGGUCCAACAGCGAGGUGAUCAGCCCGGAGAUACUGAAAAUGAGGGCGGCUCUGUUCUGUAUCUUUACCUACCUGGACACCAAGACCCUGUUGAGGGCCGCGGAGGUCUGCAGGGACUGGAGGUUUGUGGCCCGCCACCCUGCCGUGUGGACCCGGGUGCUGCUGGAGAACGCCCGRAUCUCCUCCAAGUUCCUGAGUACACUGUCCCAGUGGUGCACCCAGACCCAUUCCCUCAUCCURCAGAACCUCAAACCACGACAGAGGGGCAAGAAGGAGAUCAAGGAGGAGUACCUCAAGAGCACACGUGGUUGUCUGGAGGAGGGUCUGGAGUCCUUGCUAAAGGCUACAGGAGGGAACCUGUUGAUCCUCAAGGUGUCUCAUUGUCCCAACCUGCUAACUGACCGCUCCCUGUGGCUCGCCAGCUGCUACUGCCGAGCCCUGCAGGCCGUCACUUACAGGAGUGCCACAGACCCUGUAGGACAGGAGGUGAUCUGGGCUCUCGGAGCAGGCUGUAGAGACAUAAUCUCUCUCCAGGUGGCACCACUACAUCCAUGCCAACAACCGGCUCGCUUCAGCAACCGAUGUCUGCAGACCAUUGGCCGAUGCUGGCCACACCUCAGAGCCCUGGGCGUGGGCGGGGCAGGGUGUGGCCUUCAGGGACUAGCCUCGUUGGCGAGGAACUGCAUGCGUCUGCAGGUGUUGGAGCUGGACCAUGUGAGUGAGGUCAACCAGGAAGUGGCAGCUGAGGUGUGCAGGGAGGGUCUGAAGGGCCUGGAGAUGCUGGUCCUCACCUCCACCCCGGUCACCCCUAAGGCCCUGCUACACUUCAACAGUGUGUGUCGUAACCUGAAGUCCAUCGUGGUGCAGAUCGGUGUCGAGGACUACUUUGAGGACCCCAACAGCCCCGAGGCUAGGAAGCUCUUUGACGAGAUGGUGAACAAGCUGCAGGGCUUGAAGAAGAGACCGGGCUUCUCCAAAAUUCUGCACGUGAAGGCGGACAUCCUCUGCUAACCCCAUCCACCACCCAGGACCCCCAAAGAAGAAGGGUCYGCCAUUUUGUUUCCAGCCACACCAACAGAACAGACCUAGUCAUUUGUAACCCCUUGACACGACGCGAGGACGAAACAGCCUGAAMUACCAGUCAGCCAACACACACACGUAACUGAAGAGGACAUUCAGCAACAUGCUUCUUUAUUGUUAAAAAUAAAACCAAUGUGUUUUCGGCCCUUAGCCUUGACUAAAAGACAGACACCACAGACAGAUAGACGCUCCAUAGACCACUACAAUGCCAAUUGGAGAGAUGCAAUGCAGUACAGAACAGAGYAUAGACAAGACAAGAGGCCUGGAUAAGUCAGGUCAACACCUUACCCUGGAGCAUACAAACCCAGUGGAGAUUCUCAUYAAGGGACCAAACCCUCCUUUACCAUAGAUGUACUAGAGAGCUCAUCUCCUAUCUUUUCAAUGGCUGCUUUUUUGACCAAAUGGGCAGCACCAUUGAGGGCUAUCUCUAUUUUUAAAGUAGUACAUUUUGUGUGUCCUCUAUGGUGGGGUAAAGUGUAGUAAAGACAUCAUCAGUCAGGUAACAAGACCAGAGGCCACUAAGUCUCCGCGAAAACUAACAGGGACCAUGUUUGUGACUUGCUGACCUUCCAAACAGAUUUGAAACAAACUCUAUUGGACUUUGUAGAUGCGUAAUCUCGGCGGGAUUUUGAUUUCAACUGAGAAAAAAUGCUUUUUUUUUAUCAAGAUGCUCAACAGCACAUAUUCUUGUGGAAAUGCACAUGAGCAGUAAGCAGAUGUAGGGAUGGACGGUGUGUGAAUUUUGACCCUGUCCUGAGCCAGAGGAGUAAGUUAAAAUAGACCCUCUAUCCCAACGUGUGUGUGUGUGUGUGUGUGUGUG